ACCUCACUUUCCCCUUCUUACAGCAUGCCACACCGCCAAAGUCUCAAACGCCAACAGCGUCGCCGAUCGCCAGCUGAUGUGUUAUGUUUGUGAAGAUUGUUCCAAGGUCACAAAAGAAACACCACUCGAGGCUUGCGACGCUACAUAUUUCGAGAAACUCAGUACAACAGAGGAGCCCACCGCUGAUCCUACCACAACGACGACGACGACCUCAACUGAGACAUCAACGGAGAGUAGCACAACAACAGAGCCGAGUACCACCACCAGCGUUGAGACGACCACAGCGGGCUCCACUACCGAGGCCAUACCGGCACCAUCCACAGUCGGCCCAGCGCCAACCACCACCACAGUACCCACACCACCAAUAGUAGGUUCAGCCGUUGCAGAACCAGAGGAAGUGGAUGCCGAUAAUGCCACCACCAUCACCACCACUGAGAAUGCAUUGAAUGCAACCACCAUCACUGAGAAUGCAUUGAAUGCAACCACCACCACUGGUGCGCCACAAGCGUUGCCAUAUGUUGCCGAUGACUACUCCUACCACUGCUUCAGCGUACAAAAGAUGGUUAACGGUACUGCGUCGUUGGACCGCGGCUGUUCGCGCGUCACCACCAUGGAGAGCGUUUGCGGUCAGCUGCGUGCGUUGAACAAUGGCACACAGCUGAGCAAAUGCAUACCCUGCUCGAAUUCCAAUUGCAAUGGUAGCAGUGCGCUGGGCGUGUCUGUGGCGGCGUUCAUGUUUACGCUGGUUGCAGCGCUGCUGAGUCGACAAUAAGGCGCUGGAAUGUCACAUAGGCCCCUAUUGCGAGUGUCGACUGGCAGUAGAAUAGAAAUUUGUCGAUCGAGUCGAUCAUCUUUUAUUUUGCUAUUGUGUAACUUGAUCGAUAAAAAUUUGUACUAUUGUGAAUGGUGACGGAAUUGUAUACAGCUGUUGGUUUGUUUACAUUUGUUUCUUUAAUGUUUCAUUUACAUCAUUUUUAAAAUAAUUGAUUUUAUUAUAAAAUUAAAA